AUGAAAUCGGAGCUACCUCCUCUCGAUGAAAUCGAAAUAGAAACAAGUCGAACUAGGCUCUUUGGAACUUUGGGUUAUUUGGCUCCUGAGCUUUUCGUUGAUGCUACACUUGUGACAGACAAAUUAGACGUUUACUCAUUUGGGGUUGUGUUGUUUGAAAUGAUUAGUGGUAGAAAAGCAAUAAAGUUUGAUGCGGGUUUUCAUGAUCAUCGACAUAUAAUUCCUUGGGCUAAUGAACACAUAAAGAACGGAACCUUUUAUCAGAUUGUCGACCCGUGUCUUAGAGGGAAAAUAGCUCCGAGUUGCUUAGGGAAAUUUCUGGAGAUUGCUCUAAGCUGCGUCCAUGUUCAGGAACAUAAACAACCUGCUCUCGGUGAAGUGGAGACGACAUUAGAGCUUGUUUUGGAGCUGCAAAACUGA